AGUUUUGCCUGGCACUACCAACAAAGCAGGAAACUAAAUCAAAUCGGAAUCACUGUUUGGUUAAGGCGACUGUUGUCAAGAUGUUCCGUAAUCAGUACGACAACGAUGUCACAGUAUGGAGCCCACAGGGCCGCAUUCACCAGAUUGAAUAUGCAAUGGAAGCGGUGAAACAAGGUUCUGCCACAGUUGGACUCAAGUCAAGAACCAUUGCAGUACUAGUUGCUCUAAAAAGAGCACAGUCUGAGCUGGCUGCCCAUCAGAAGAAGAUUCUUCAUGUGGAUAGCCAUAUUGGCAUCUCGAUUGCUGGACUGACAGCUGAUGCCAGGCUCUUGUGUAACUUCAUGCGUCAGGAGUGCCUAGACUCCAGGUUUGUGUUUGACAGACCCCUUCCUGCGUCACGGCUCGUCACGCUUAUUGGCAGCAAAACUCAAAUCCCAACACAGCGAUAUGGCAGAAGGCCAUAUGGUGUGGGACUGCUCAUUGCUGGUUACGACGAUAUGGGCCCUCAUAUCUAUCAGACUUGCCCCUCAGCCAACUACUUUGACUGCAAAGCCAUGUCCAUCGGAGCCCGGUCCCAGUCUGCCCGCACAUACCUGGAAAGAAACAUGGACGCCUUCCUUGACUGUAAUCUUAAUGACCUUGUCCAGCAUGGUCUUCGUGCACUGCGGGAGACCCUACCAGCAGAGCAGGAUCUCACCAUCAAGAAUGUCUCGAUUGGCAUCGUGGGGAAAGACACGGAGUUCACCAUCUAUGACGACGACGCAGUCGCCCCCUUCCUGGAGGGGCUGGAGGAGAGGCCACAGAGAAAGGUGGCCCAGCCUGCUGAUGAGCCAGCUGCAGACAAGCCUGAUGAACCAAUGGACAUGUGAGACCAUGCAGUGCCAGAGGACUUGGAGUUCUAGACCAGUGGCAAGAUUCCUUUCACAUUGUAGUGGUCUGAAACCAAAUCUUAAACACAGAGCUGUACCGCAUAUACUGCAGUUCAUUGAAACAAGGUGUGCCACUUCAGGAAAGUUACAUGUACGCUUUUGGCUAACAAUGUUGUAUGUUGGUUUUCUAUUGAUAGAAUGUCCAGUUCUAUAAGUAAUAAAAACAUUUCUGACAA